AACAAACCCAAAACUUAAAGAACCGGGAAACUCAUGGCCCUCCAAUCCCAAAAUCCCUAAAUUUCAAAAUCGGUCAAAAUUUAUCGCUCUUGAUUUUGAUUACCAAAAAUUAAACCCAAAACCCCUCUUCAUUUUCAAUUUCAAGAUUUCGUGGCGCCCUCAAUUUUUUUGAAAACACAACAAUGGCGGCAUUAUUCGCUUAUAAUCUCAUUUCCAUCUCCUAUUUGCUGCAACCCCUUCUUCUCCACACGCCACUCUCAUCACAACUGCAUCAACCUCUUUCUCUCUCUCUAGCUGGGGCUAGCUUUCUUCGACUCUGACAUUGCUUGCAACUAACAAUGGCGGAACAAGAAAACUGCGUUAGAGUCACCCGCUUGGCGGCGAGGAAGAGAGCUGCGGAGGAGACGCUGCAGCGGAGCACGAACAAGAGAGUGGUAUUGGGUGAGAUUCAGAACGUUCUAGGUUUGGAUGGAAAGUCGAAUGGGGUUGAUAAGAAGAAAACGAAGCCCAAGACCAAGAGGAAUGUCAGGAAAGGGGAAAAGGCUUUUGACUCCAAUGUGGAAGAAAAAUCUGAUGACCCGCAGAUGUGUGCAACCUAUGCUUCCGAUAUAUAUCAAUAUCUUCACAAAAUGGAGAAGGAGCCGAGUAGAAGGCCGUCUUUAGAUUACAUCGAGAAAGUUCAGAGAGAUGUGAGUGCAAACAUGAGAGGGAUUUUGGUGGAUUGGUUAGUGGAGGUUGCGGAGGAGUACAGACUUCAAUCGGAUACGUUGUAUCUAACAGUGUCAUAUAUUGACAGAUUCUUAUCUGCGAAUGUUAUUACCAGGCAAAGGCUUCAGCUUCUUGGAGUUUCUUCAAUGCUCAUUGCCUGCAAAUAUGAGGAGAUCAAUCCUGCACACGUGGAAGACUUCUGUUACAUCACUGAUAACACGUAUACUAGAGAAGAGGUGAUGAAGAUGGAGUCCGAUGUGCUCACAUCUCUCAAGUUUGAAAUGGGAAGUCCUACUACAAAGACAUUUCUCCGUCGAUUCACUAGGAUUGCUCAAGGAGAUGAUGAGAGCUACAACUUGGAGUUGGAGUUCCUAGGUUGCUACCUAGCUGAGUUGAGUUUGCUCGAUUACGAAUGUUUGAAGUUUUUGCCUUCAUUGGUGGCUGCCUCGGUCAUAUUACUCUCAAGAUUCACUCUCCAUCCUAAGCUACAUCCCUGGAACUCAGCUCUGCAGCAAUAUUCAAAAUACAAAGCAUCCGAUUUAAAAGAAUGUGUAGGCAUCCUUCUUGACUUGCAGUCGAAGAGGAGAGGAAGCACACUAGUUGCUAUCCGGGAGAAAUACAAGCAACACAAGUUCAAAUGUGUGUCAACUCUGUCUCCGCCUUUGGAAGUACCAGAAUCCUUGUUCGAAGAUGAAGUUUAGGGUUUGAGUUGUACGUACAUAUAACUGCUGUUUAGAUUGAUAGCAGUUUUUAGUUGCAUUGUCGAUGAAAUGUGGAUUUUCAUUCAAGCUUACAAUAAUUACCAUCUUAGAAUGAUUGACAUUUGUAACAUUACUGAAAGUUUUCCUUGAUGGCAAUAAGAUUCUUUACAUGCUCUUUCA